UUUUUUAUGAAACUAACACUUUGAAUCCCGCACACGCCAAAGGAAACGGCAAACGAUUACGCGAAGGAAACAUAAAUAAAAUAUAAAUAAAUAAAAAAGAGAAAGUAAGAUACCAGGAAGGUGACCUUCUUUCGCUCUACUCCGAUCGUCUUCUCUCGGCGUCAAGAACUCGCCGGCGAUCUCGGGGGCGGCGGCGGCCAUGACGAGGGGCGCGCGGCACAGUCGGGUGUUCUCCGGCCGGAGAUCCUCGCCGUACACGCUGAUUCUGGCGGCGCUCCUGAUGCUAUCGGUGGUCCUUUUGAUGCUUCUCGCCCUCGGGAUCUUCUCCCUCCCCGUCAACUCCAACGAUGCCCCAAAAUCCAAGGCCGACAGCGUCUCCCAUAUAUCCAUCCCUGAAACCAGAAAUGGAAUGGGGCAGAGAGGGGAGCAGUGGACGGAGGUGCUCUCCUGGGAGCCCAGGGCUUUCAUAUACCAUCAUUUCUUGUCCAAAGAGGAAUGUGAAUACCUAAUUGAACUUGCAAAGCCCCACAUGGAGAAGUCCACAGUUGUUGAUAGUGCUACUGGUCGGAGUAAAGAUAGCAGGGUUCGGACAAGCUCUGGCAUGUUUCUUAGAAGAGGACAAGACAAAAUCAUCCAAACCAUUGAGAAAAGGAUAGCAGAUUUCACAUUCAUACCUGUAGAGCAUGGUGAGGGUCUUCAGAUUCUCCAUUAUGAAGUUGGACAAAAAUAUGAACCUCACUUUGAUUACUUUCUUGAUGAAUUCAAUGUUAAGAAUGGGGGUCAGCGAAUAGCUACGCUUCUCAUGUACCUUUCGGAUGUUGAGGAAGGUGGUGAGACAGUGUUCCCUUCUGUCAGAGUAAACAGCAGUUCUUUACCAUGGUAUAAUGAGCUAUCAGAGUGUGGGAAGAAGGGCCUUUCUGUUAAACCAAAAAUGGGAGAUGCAUUACUCUUCUGGAGCAUGAGGCCUGAUGCCACUCUUGAUCCAUCAAGCUUGCAUGGUGGGUGCCCUGUGCUUAAAGGGAACAAGUGGUCAUCUACAAAAUGGAUGCACGUCUAUGAGUAUAAAGUUUAGCUUAACAAACCAAAGAAAAAUUCUGAGUAAUGAGGCAAUAAAAUGUGAAGUAGCCUUCGGAAGUUUUAACUGCAACUGCAAGAUUUCUUGUUAAAUACGCAUAUGCUUGUAUCUUACAGAGCUUGUUCUUUGCUCAAGAAACAGAAACCAAGUUUGAUAAAAUUCGGCAGCUCAUGUAGGAGGUGACUCUAUAGCAGCUUGGAACUUUUUAUGUCCCCAACGCGGGCAACUUUGCUUGAAGAGCUUGUUUUGAUUUGUAAGGUAUGCCCUACUGCUGUUGCAGAUGUUACCCUGUAAUGUUCCCUUCCUUUUCAUGAGCCCACGAAAAGAAAAGGGGAAAAAGGAUGGAGGGCGCAUGAUUUUGUAAUUUAGUAAUUAUGAUGGCUUGAAAUUAUGACGUUCCGUCGGUUGCUGAACUGGAAAUGGUGGGAAAAUGAUGCUGCGCUAAUGCUUUAAUCAAGUGGAUAAAUAAUCUCAAA